CAGUCUCACCGGUCCGCCGGGUCGCGCGGCGUGAGCUUCCCGGGCCGCUCGGGAUGCUGUCCGCUCGCACGCCGCCGGCCGCCCCUGCCCUGGCCUGCCAGGCCAUGCCCCACUGUUUACGGGCCGGCAAAGCUCCCAGCUGCUUUGAGCUUUUCGGGGACCCGGCGCCCAGAGAGUGAACCCAGCGGGCCCGCGAACACUGGACUGACUAGUCGCGCAGACCCGAGGCUCCAGACUCAGAUCUGUGCCCGUUCCGCCUCCGCCACCAUCUGGGUGGAAGCCGGCUCUGGUGUUUUUGGGGAGGGGGGUGUGGUGUAGGGAAAGGAAUCCUGGGGAUUUCUGGCACCCCCUUGCCAGGUUUUUUUUUUUUUUUUUUUUUUUUGCCUUUGGGGCUUAAGACUCAGGGAACUCGCUCAUGGCUUUCUUGAUGAAGAAGAAGAAAUUCAAAUUCCAAACCACUUUCACCCUGGAGGAGCUGACCGCGGUCCCCUUCGUGAACGGGGUCCUCUUCUGCAAGGUCCGGCUGCUGGAUGGUGGAGAUUUUGUCAGUUUGUCGUCAAGGGAGGAGGUGCAGGAGAACUGUGUGCGCUGGCGGAAGAGGUUCACCUUCGUGUGUAAAAUGAGUGCCAACCCAGCCACUGGUCUGCUGGACCCCUGCGUCUUCCGCGUGUCUGUGCGCAAGGAGCUGAAAGGCGGAAAGGCUUAUUCUAAGCUGGGCUUUGCCGACCUGAACCUGGCUGAGUUUGCAGGCUCGGGCUCCACGGUGCGCUGCUGCCUGCUAGAGGGGUAUGACACAAAGAACACCCGCCAGGACAACUCCAUCCUCAAGAUCACCAUUGGAAUGUUCCUGCUCUCUGGAGACCCCUGCUUCAAAACGCCGCCGUCCACUGCCAAGUCCAUCUCCAUCCCCGGCCAGGAUGCUUCUCUGCAGCUGACGUGUAAAGGUGGUGGGACCAGCAGCAGUGGCAGCGGCAGCACCAGCUCCCUCACAGGGUCCCGGCCUCCCAAGGCCCGGCCCACUGUCCUGGGUUCAGGGCUGCUGGAGGAACCAGACCAGAACCUGUCCAGCCCUGAGGAAGUGCCCCACACUGGCCACUCCCGCAGCUCCAGCUAUGCCAGCCAGCAGUCCAAGGUCUCUGGGUACAGCACGGAGCACUCGUGCUCCUCCAGCCUGUCGGACCUCACACACCGCCGCAACACGUCCACCAGCAGCAGUGCCUCUGGUGGCUUGGGCCCAGCCCUGGAGAGCUCUGAGGGUGGUGAGCGUGAGCACCGACCCCCUGAGAAGCCACCAAGACCCCCCCGGCCCUUGCACCUGUCAGAGCGCUCUUUUCGGCGGAAGAAGGACUCUGUGGAGAGCCACCCAACCUGGGUGGACGACACACGGAUCGAUGCAGACGACAUUGUGGAGAAGAUCAUGCAGAGCCAGGACUUCACAGACGGCAGCAACACUGAGGACAGCAACCUUCGUCUGUUUGUGAGCCGCGACGGCUCAGCUACGCUGAGUGGCAUUCAGCUGGCCAACAGGGUCUCCUCCGGGGUCUACGAACCCGUCGUGAUUGAAAGCCAUUGAAGAGCGGAUGUGUGGCCAGAAAGGGGCCUGCCCUCUGGGGCACCAGACCGCGCCCUCCUGCUGGAAGCUGUCGCCCUUGGGUCUGCGCUGCGUCUCGUCUGUGCCUGCUCCGUGCACUGCCACAUUCCCAGAGCAUCAUUCCACGGUCCCUACCCUCCCGGGACCCUCCUGGCCGCCAGGGCCCUGCACCACUGUGAAUACUCUGAACCACUAGUGGGCCAGGUGGACAGGCCCAUGCCAAGAGCCACACAGAGGGACCGUCCUGUGGCACCUCCUCCUCCCCCACCAAGGACAUGAGCAGCUGCUCAGUGUGGGGGUUGUGUAUGGCUGCCGGUUGCUGCUCCUGUGACCAUGCACCUCAGGAGUACUAUCUUGGGCCAGGCACCAGCAAGGCCCUGCUCCGUCGUCCCUUGCCCUUGGGGCCAGACCCCUCAGAACUCUGCCACCUGCAACCCUCUGCUUAGUGUUUCAGCCGUCCCAUCCUGUGUCCUAGGAGGCCCGCGGGCGACCUCCUCCUGGGAGCCAGACCUCAGACGCAACUCACUCCAGAUUAAACUCCCCCAUGUCCUUCUGGCAGCCUGCACUUUGCACAUGUCCCCAGCACAGCCCCACUUGCCCUCGACCCCUCCUGAAGCUUCCUGGGCACUGCCUGCUGUGCAGCCAGAGGCCCAGGGUCUGCCGCCCUCAGAACCCAGAGUCCGGCCACCUCUGCCCCCACCUCACCCGGCUCAGGCCUCACAGCACCAGGAGAGCUCCCAGCAUGGAGGUGCCCCUGCCAGGCUGGCUCCUGAGCAGCUGGCUCUCCAUAGGAAGAAGGCAAGCAAAGCCCUCUGCGCUCAGGUCUGGGGCUGCGCUGCGACUGGCCUGGAGCUGGCUCUCCCCCCUCACCCCCGGGAGUACCCCUGCUGCUGGGCAGGGAGGGGUCCCCAAGGGCAUGCUUUCCCAGCAGGGAGCAGUUUGACCCUGCUCCCCCAAAGCCUCAGCACUUUGGCCCCAGUCCUCAGAAUGGAACGUGCUUGAAGGAGGGUCUGGCUGCAGCCAGGCCCCGACACUCCCCAACCCUUCAGGUUGCUCCCAUUUUGUAUAAACCCAGCGGGCUGGUGUUUACCUAGCUUUAUAGGAUUUUUUUUCUUUUUGCCUCCCAUUCCCUUCUUUUAUUGAGUUCACAGUUUGUUAGUCCCUCCUCCUGGGUGAGGGGGAGGUGUCUCUGUUCUCUGCCAGCCGCACCCCAGCAGUGCUGGGGACCUAGGUGGGCCAGGACGCUGGUGUGGGUGCCCUCCCCAAGUCAGGAGGGUUCCUCCCGCCCUGCCCUGGCUGGCAAGAGUGGGCGUCUAGAUUUUGGAACUCCUGGUGUUGGGACUGAGCAGAGCAUUCGUAGGGCUUUUGUUGUCAUUUUAAUCACCUGAUAACUUUCAGAAAGUAGCUGUUGGGAGUGCCUGCGAGGCAGGACAAAACAUGGGCUCAGGCUGGAUUGGCUCUGGUCAGCUCGGAGUGUCCCUUCCUGCCCAACAGAAUCCUGACACUUUAAAAAAGGAAGCUGGCUGUUCGCUCUCCCGUGAGGUGACCUCUAGACCUUGCCUUUUGGGGCCAUGACCUCACCCCACCUAGGGGAGGUGUGGUUAGAGUAACUGGAGCCUCCAUUGAAGUUCUGGGGCUUUAGGCACAAAGUGUUUGACUUUGGUAUUGCUAGGGCGACCCCCAAAUCAGGAGCCCCAGCCCACCCAUUGAAGUCUGAGCUUGACAGUCACCCCAGAAGUGACAGCCUGCCACAUUCCAUGCCAGGGCCAGGGUAACCAGGCCAAGAAUCUGGCCAUAACCAAAUGAAUGCUGGCUGGAUCCAGGGCCCGGAGCAGUGGUCUUGUCCCUGCGUGGAAGCCCUGUUUCCAGCCUGCAGAUCCCUCUGAGCUCAGUGAAUUUCUACCAGGUGUCCCCCCACCUGGACUUCAAAUUCUAUGUAGAGGAAGAGGAUAUAUUAGAGAUAUUUUUGGAAAGGAAUUGGUCUAUGCAAUGCCAGUUUGGAAUCUUCUUGAAAGACAGUUUUAACGUUUCUACUAGAUUUAAAAUAAAGGUAUAUGAUAUUUUUAGAUUUUUUUCCUGGUCACCCCAUAACUGAUCGUGUGGCAUAAUCUGCCAGGAUGGCAAAUAUCCUUUUCCUAUCCACAGGGAGGUGAUGGGGAGGGUCACUGUUCUUCUUUUAAUCACCCCCUUUCUAACAAUAUUGCCACCAUACCCCAUCCCAUGGGCUGUACUUGUAUCUGUCCUGGCUUUCUCCCAGAAGUAACACUGUAAGGGGAAAUCAGCCUCAUGUCAGCAUCUUGGUUUGGGGAGGAAUUAAAUGUUGCGAUUUUUG